AUGUUUUACUCAGAGACGCUGCUGUCCAAGACAGGGCCGUUGGCCCGCGUUUGGCUGUCAGCCAACCUUGAACGAAAACUCUCGAAAUCACACAUCCUCCAGUCAGAUAUCGAAAGCAGUGUCAAUGCUAUCGUUGAUCAGGGCCAAGCACCCAUGGCGCUUCGUCUUAGCGGCCAGCUUUUGUUGGGAGUCGUUAGAAUAUACAGCCGCAAAACUAGAUAUCUCCUGGACGACUGUAACGAAGCUUUGAUGAAAAUUAAAAUGGCUUUUCGUCUAACUAAUAACAACGAUCUCCCUACCACUGCACCCCUGCCGGCUGGAGGAAUCACCCUCCCGGACGUUUUGACAGAGUCAGACCUUUUUAUGAAUUUGGACCCUUCUAUUCUAUUCACGCAACCAGCGCAGGUAGAACAUGAUCCGAAGAGGCCAGCCUCGUCCCUUGGCUGGUCUAGCCAGCUACUUCCAGACAGCACCCCUCAAACAGUUAGACCCGUGGAAAAACCACACCUUGAGGAUGAUACUGGCUUAAUUUUGGAUCUCGGUGAAGACGAGGAUAUCCCACUUGGCCACGACACAAGCAUUGAAGUCGGUCGAGAGGCUCCCGCCCCACGCCCUGUUGGUGAAGAUCUGUUUAGCGAUGACAACCGCUUAUACGAUGGGGACCUCAAUCUUGAUCUUGGAGAAGAUGGUGCCCCUCUUGGGAAGGGACCUGAUGCGGAUGUUACUCAAGAUAUUGACAAUGCCAUCCAUAUGGAUGAUGAUAUACCAAUGGGCGGCAUUGACGGAGAGCUUGGCAUGCCCAUCGAAGAGGACUCGACUGUCAUCCCCCCGCUUACCAGUGACUUCACCCGCGAUCGAUCAGGCUCGCCACUUUCAUCUGUGCGCUCUAGUGUUGUCCGUGAUUUGGACGAAACGUUUGCGAACGAAGGAGCCAUUCGACAUCACCAGAGAGUUAAGCGAAGAAGAGUGAUUAUGCCAGACGCCGACACUGUUCUCUCUAGUGCUCAGAUCAAAGAACAACAGGAAGACCGAUCAAAGAUUUUGAUAGCUGAAUCAAUUCUUCCCCGGGAUCCUGUUCUCCUUAGCCUGAUGAUGAUGCAAAAGAACGGUUCUUUCGUUUCUAAUGUCAUGGGGGGUGCAAACACCGGCAACUGGGCGCCAGAACUUCGUGGGAUGCUGUCAAUUGAAUCCGUUAGAAAAGCAGGUGACUUGAAGCGAAAGAGAGACAGUGGAAUUGCCGAUAUGGACAUUGAUGCUGGUGCCAAGGUUCCUCGACUUGAUAUUGAGGGAGAAGAAACUCUAUUACAACCAGAAGAAGGGCCAAUCCUAGGAGAAGAUACCACCUUGAACCUACAGCCAGAAAUCCAGGUUCCCGAAGAUGAAGAACAUGCCAACCCCCGAACUGGAGAUGACCAUUUCAGCGAAGAUGAAGGCCUCGGUCAACACCCAGAAGAAUACGAUGAACUUAGCAGCCUAGUUGAGACUGGCCCAAUUUCUUUGGGAACGAAACACGCUGUUCACGUUCUACGGGAGCAGUUUGGCGAAUCUCCAUCCACUGAAUCACCAACAAAAGGCAAAGCUGUUGUCUUCCAAGAUCUACUCCCUGAGCUCCAAACAAGCAAAGCUGAUGCUACAAAGAUGUUCUUCGAAGUCCUUGUCCUAGCAACAAAGGACGCAGUCCGGGUUGAGCAAAGCAGCAAAGAUCUUGGAGGCCGAUUACGGAUUAAAGCAAAACAAGGCCUCUGGGGCGACUGGGCAGAAACUGAAGCUGGCGGCGAGAUUGCGCCUCAAGAGGUCGCGGCCGCAUAA